GAUAUUUACUUGGGGCGCUUGGGGCAGGGCAGACUGUUGUCAGUAAACAUAGGUACAUUCGGUACAUUCUUUAAAUAAAAGGACAAGUUUGGAGUCGACAACAACAAUCCCUUGAGUCGUCCCGUCGUUUUCCUUUUGGGUCGUCGUGAUGUGACUCCCAUGAAUUUGACGUUUUCCUCCAAUAUUCUUGACGGUGUCAAAGCAACUGACUUUAGCAGCUUGAUGUGUACCCAGAGCUAAGUGUUAUUACUUAUUGCACAAGAGAGUUGUUAAUUGCAUUGCAGUUCGACCUCUGCCCAGCCCAGACCACAAAAUCAAGCUAUGGAUGAGCUGGAAAAUCUGUUUCAUUUAUUUGACUCCCAAAAGAAGGAUCUUCUACGUCUGGUGAAGAUCUGCUCUAAACCUCUUGGCCCAGAGGAGGUGCACUACUUCCUCACAAGCAUGGACAAAAUAUGCAGUCAUGGGCUGAAGAAUGAGAAGCUGGGAUACUGGCCAUUUGUCAAGGAGUUCACCCACAAGGCUGGUGUCACCUACAUUGCUGACAUGAAAGGAUGUGUGACUGGUCCUGGGAAAAGUCGCGCCUGGCUACUGCUGGCUCUCUCAGAGGGCACACUGGAGUUCUACUUCACCAGUUUCAUCGGUCACCCGGCUCAGCGGGCCCGCUACUACCGGCGCGAGGCGUUUCUGCGGGACGACCGCCGACUAAGGGAGCUGGUGCUGGGGCUGGCCGAGCUGAUGGCCGUCCAGUUCAGCACCGUGCUGAGACCGGAGGAGUACGAUCUGGACAAGCAUGUGUGCCCGCCGCCGAACGCAUCCGAGGACGGCGAAUUCGUAUCAUGGGUGGUGGCACCACGCUGGCCGCCGCCCAGCCAGGAGCCGAUUCAGUGGACGCACACUCCCGGCAGCCACAGCCGGGCACGCCGCUCGCACCACUCGUCUUCUGGCUCGUCUCCGCGCUCGUCCCGUUCUUCGGCACGCUCCCGGCGGCGGCGCAGCCCGGCCGGCGGCCGCCCGCACGGGGACGCGUCCAAAGAGACCCGACGCGACUCGGACGCCGCUCCGACAGACUCGGCUUGUGUAACGAUGGACUCGGAGACGUCCGCCGCUUCGGCGCUGUCAUCGGCGGUCACGACUCCGCUCAGCGAGAGUGAAGAGUCGCGGCCGACAGCUGGAGGAUCGCCGGAGUCGGCGCGGUCGGCAGCGUCUGUAGAGUUCGACGAUAGCGGGCCUAGCGGCGAUUCGCAGGAUAUGAAUGCUACACUGCGGGGUGGUAGUUUGUGCAGAGGCCAAGAAGAGGAGGAGAGAGGAGAGGUGGUGGGAUCGGCCACCCCGACUCCGGCUCCCAAUACACCAGUGAUCAGCGCGUCGUCCCCUCUCAGACCGUCGGGCAUACCGCCACAGAGCUUCGCCUCGCUGGCUGAAGAUUCACCCUCGCCGAUUGUGCCGGUCGUGCGUCCGUCCGGGAAUCCAGGAACGCCAACUGGGCGCUUGGCUGGAAAUCCAGGAACACCGAGCAAGUUCUCGGCUGAGAAUCCAGGGACGCCUACUGGGUGUUCGGACGAGAACCCUGACGCGUCAGCUUCUCAGUCCAAAGAUCUGUUUGUCACUGCUCUUUCUUCGCCUGUUGUCGAUCGGUCCCAAUCGCAGUCUGAGGGAACAAGGUCAGUGGCGAAGUGUCAGGAUUCUGCGGUAAGCGCGGAGAAGGGAUGUUCGGCUAGCAAUAAUGCGGAUGAUCCGCAGAGAGGGGUUCUAAGUGGUGGCUGUGAAAAUUUGGAGGAUACUGCUACUGACACCUCCGUCAGUAACGAAUCUUCGAGUGCGACAGCGCAGCAAUCUAGUCCAAAUCAAUACCAACCGAACGAGUCAGAAGAUUCUCGUCUUUCACAAUCUACCUCAGCGUCCGUAAGUGAAACAAUGAACACAACAGGGUUUCAAUCGUGCGAAGAAGCCCCUAGUAAAUCGACGGAACCAACACCAACCAAAGAGGACGCCGCACAAAGUCGCCUUGACGGCAGCGACCCUAAUUCCAGCUCUAACACCGGGGAACCGAAGGACCGCCCGCUCAGUCCGACAGCAGACUCUCGCCGAGUUAGCUCCAACGAUGCUGUGGCUGUAGAGGAAGCAAUGCGACGACUCCGCACCGACCCACCUGGCCCCGCCCGACCGGCGGGCCGCGCGGCACCCCACCUCCACCCGUCCGCCUCAAACACCGCUCUCCGACCCCGCCCGGCGGUCACUCGACUACCCCAGGCGCACUCUGAGGUCUCCCUUCGUCGCCGUCCUCCUGCACUAGCCCCGGACAAGCGCGUCACAUGGGCGGGUACUGACCGUGAGACGGCUGCUGUGGCGGCGCUGCUCCCGCCCGAGCUGCCGAGGGGUGAGCGGGGUGUCCCCGAGGGGCAGGAGGACCCGUGCAGACUCUCCUCCAUAUCCAGUCUAACACGGGUUUCAUCACAGCUCAGUGUCGGUAGCAGUUGUCUGUCGUCUGGUUCGGAGCGCGGUCCGACUGCGAGGCCGCCGGUUCGACAGACACGACUCUACGAACCGACGGCACUCGGCUCGGCACCCACUUCUGACGGACAGACUGAGCGGGACAUUGAACAGGAGAUCAGUCAGGGCAGACGCAGGAAGCGGGCGGCACACUCGGCACUGGUGGAAAUCGACCACUGCAAGGCCGUGCAACUGAUGGUCAGCUUCUUCGAGGGAGACGAGAUGGCCUACACGGGCUUCAAGGUGUUGUUCGGCGACCACCACGCGAUGCGCACCUGUCUUCUGGUUCUAACCUCCUACCGUUUACUGCUGCUGCGACUGAGCACAUACCGACGACUGCGGCGGGCGGCGCGGCGCCGGCCGCGGCCCGCUGACCCCCUGUCCCAGCUGGCACCGGGCGCGGAGGGUCAGAUGGCGCAGAUAGAGGUAGAGACCGAGAGCUGCCCCUACCUGCAGGAUGCGGCGUUCCAGUACUGCUCCAUAGCGUCGAUCAAGGUGGCGUUUCACGGCCAGGCGGUGGCGCUCCAGCGGCCGGACGGCUCGUACAGUCGCUGGAUCUGGCUGUGUGAUCGAGCUGAGACUGAUCUGCUCAUCAGUCACAUCACCCGGGCGUUCCAGCGGUGUCGGCUCCGGCCGCUCGUACCGCAGGUGUACACGUCUGAGGCGCAUAGACACCAGUACCUGCGGGAGAUCGGGUAUAGGGAGAGAGAGGCGGAGAUCCAGUACGCGUCUCUAGUGUACUUCGAAGACUUCGCCGUGCCCGGGGAGACCCCCAAACUAUCCGACCAGCUCAUGUACAAGACGGACGCAGAGCCGCGGUGGAGCGUUGGUCACUUCGUUCUCUGGGACACGGACCUGCUGGUGUACCCGUCGGCGGCGGCGGAGCGGGGCGGCGGCGCGCCACUCGACCGCUGGCCGCUGCCCUCGAUGGCCAGCUGCCGGCGUCUGACCGAGCUCAGCCGACCCCACCAGCUGCAGCUGGCGGCUCCCGGACGCUGGCUGACGCUGGCCGCGCCGGACGCGGAUACCUGCUCCCGAUGGGCGGCCACCGUCCGGGAGAUUAUCGAACUGAAUGUGCCGUCGCAGCUGCCCAGCCCCCGGCCGCGCUGCUGCGUGCUCACCGGACGCUCGCUGUACGUCGUCGAAGAGAUGGCCUUCACACGCAGUGUGGCGCCCGGUUUCGAGCUGUGUCCGUACGGCCACCUGGUACAGGCCUGUGGGUCGCUGAGAGACCUCGGAGCCGUCAACGCUGAUUCGCAUGGAACAGUGCAUGUGGAGUUUGACACCGCCGAGGCGGCCGAGUCCAUGGGCUCGUGGCGUCUCUACUUUGUCACACUGACCGAACAGAGGGCCUUCCUGGCCGCCCUGCUCGACACAUAUCGCAAACGGUGUAAGAGGGAGCUGACCGUUGGCCAGAUCUCCCACCACAUGAGGGAGGUCUGUCUCAGCGGAUCACGCUACGUCAGAACGCGCUGGGACGGCCUGGUCGACACGUGAGCACGUGCGCCACGUGCAGACACGCGGUGGACGUCACCCUCAGACAGGAGAUGCGGGCUCUGGUGACGUACUUUCAGUGAGCUGCGUAGUUUUGUAGUGCCAGUCGCGCAUGAAGCGAGUCCGCGAGAUGUGUUUCCGCCAGGGAUUGUGAUGAGCCUUAUGAUAAGGUGCGAUUUGUGACAAGAGUGUAGCGCCAAAAGGACAUCUAUUUUGUGAGGUUCAGUUCUGAUGGACUGCGUAUCAAGUUACAGGUCAUGAGCUUGGAACCAUCUCACGUAUCAUAUAGUCGACCAAUGCAACUGAGUGUAACCAUGAA